AUGAGAAAAAUUGGCAGAGAAGAGAUUUCGCAACACCGAAAUAUUAAUGACCUUUGGCUUUUGAUUGACGGAAAAGUUUACGAUGUCAGCAAGUAUAUCAGAAAUCAUCCUGGAGGAGCCAGUAUAAUCAUGAGAAGCGUAAAGAAGAAAUUUGAUUCUACGGAAGAUUUUCACUCGGUUAUUGGUCGAUUUAGAGGUCAUUCAGAAUCGGCGAUAGAAGAACUUGACGACUACUUGAUUGGAGAGCUGUCUGCGUCUGAUUGA